GGACGUGAAAUAUCGGUUUGGAGAAAUGUGUCAGACUUGGCUAAUCCUGAAUGUUAAAAUUAGUUGUAAUCUUACGGAGGCUACAUCUGCACCCCAGCUGACCGCCUUCUACAAAAAGCAAACUGUGUCCCUGACUGGAUUCUGCCCCCAGUCUUUGCCAGUCUCCAGCCCUGGUGACCCAAGUCAGACCGCCCAGCAAUCCCGACGCGUCCUCUCCUAGUUCAGAGACUAAGUAAAGCAGCCUCGGGUAGCUGGUCCGCAGCCCCCUGGCCUCACCUUCUCACCCACCCACAAGGAAAGGUGCUUCCUGCACAGCCCACAUUCCCCCUAGAGCCACCUUCCUCCCCACCAAGGUGCUGCCUCGGAAAGACGGUUAAGAUGGAGAACGUAAGUAACGUUCGUGUGUCUCUCACCAGAAGUUUACCGUUCUCUCAAUAGUCAAAGCCAGAAUUGAGGUAGAACGACUGACCUGGAGCCGUCUGUCAAAAUCCACACCAAAGACGUCAAACCCAGGAAAGCCCUUCCAGUUUGCAAGGAUUGCCCUGAAAUCUCAUGAGGGAGUCUUCCUGGCUGAGGAGCACUAGAAAUCUGACAGAUGUUCUCACGCAGACUGCAAAUGACUGCCUGACACAAUCUGUAGCAAGUGAAGAGCCCUAACACAGCUUUACAAACAUUUUACCCAUGGGAUCCGAAUGCAUGGAGAUGCGCAAGAGGCAGACGCUGGCCUCGCAGGACGCUCCCGGGGGCGCCCCUGUGGCCCAGGCCGGAGCUGAGAGCCGGGGCUCCAACGCCUGCUGCUUCUGCUGGUGCUGCUGCUGCAGCUGUUCGUGCCUCACCGUAAGAAACCAAGAAGAACACAGGCCCACGAGGGCCACGCGCGAACUCAGAACAAACUUCCCGGCCUGCGAAGAAAGCCCGGCCCCGACCCUGGAGGAGGUCAGCGCCUGGGCGCAGUCCUUCGACAACGUGAUGGCGGCGCCGGCCGGCAGGAACGCGUUCCGGGCGUUCCUGCGCACGGAGUUCAGCGAGGAGAACAUGCUGUUCUGGAUGGCCUGCGAGGAGCUGAAGAAGGAGGCGAGCCCGCGCGCCGCGGAGGAGAGAGCGAGGGUCAUAUACGAGGACUACAUCUCCAUUCUCUCCCCGAGAGAGGUCAGCCUGGACUCCCGAGUGCGGGAAAUCAUCAACAGCAACAUGGGCCAGCCGUCCGCGCACAUAUUCGACGACGCCCAGCUGCAGAUCUACACCCUCAUGCUCAGAGACUCGUACCCCCGCUUCAUGAACUCCGCCGUCUAUAAGGACUUGCUGCAGUCCCUAGCUGAGAAGUCAGCUGAGAAGUCAGCUGAAGCGUAGGAGUUUUCCAAUGUAUUUAUUAUUGAGGAAACAAUGGAAGAACUACCUGGACUACAUCUAGCGCAGGGAAUUUAGAGGUAGUAAUGCCUUCCGCUGGAGUAACGCUCGCGCUGUUGGAAUAACAAGUGCGACCUGCGUCCAACAAGAGGCCAUACGUUCACGUUGUAAAUCGCAGCCCCGGUUAGCGGUACUUCUGAGGGGAACCGAUGCGGCUGUUUGAGAGUGUAUUUGCAUUUACAGGAGCAGUAGCGCGUUCCCAACGGCAGGGGGUGCACUGGAGGCCCCCAGCUGCCCGGAGCAUGACGUCCAUGCACAGGAGCAAGAGGGCCCGCUUUGUUUUGCAUGAGUUCAGCGGCUGAUUAUCCCCGAAAGAAGAGAUUCAAGCGCUUCUCAGCUACCUGCUCACUCCAUCAGACCGGGCCUGAAUACUUCCCUUAUCAUUGCCAUGACAGGACCCAAGUUCACCUUUAUAAGGAUGUGGUCACUUGUACAGACAGUAAUCCACUUUUCUUUCCUUUCUUUCUUUUUUCUUUUUUUUUUUUUUUUUUGGUACCGGGAAUCGAACUCAGGACCUUGCGCUUGCCAGGAAGGCGCUUGUGCCGCUGAGCUAUAUCCCCGGCCCCGUUAAUCCGCUUUCUAUCCUAGCGUGAGUCCGUAGACACAGGUGUGCAUGAGCGCCUCUACCUGGCUGAUGUGAAGCAGUGUGCUCUGAAGUAGGUCGGUCUCGAGUGUUUGCCAAGGGAAGCAGGACUCAGGACAUCCUUCCGUGGAAAAGUUAACUGUUAUUUUCUGAUCAGAAUUUGUCGACCUAAAGAGCGCAUUUUUAAGGUUCACAACUUGGUCGUGUUCACAGCAAACUUUCAAAUAAGCAUAUUUCCAUUUUUAUGAUGGAAAGAAAUAUGGGCAUUUUCACUCUAGAAAAAUAAAGCACAAGAAUUUUA